UUCACAUGUGUUUGGCUUGUUGAGUACAGGAAUGGAUGUGUUGGAGGAAGAGUUUGGGAAUUUGAGCCAGGAGGAGCUCUUAGCUCCCGUUGACACAGUAGAGGAGAAAUGGAAACUACUGCCAGCCUUUCUGAAGGUUAAGGGUCUUGUGAAACAGCAUAUUGACUCCUUCAAUUAUUUCAUCAAUGAUGAGAUUAAGAAAAUAAUGAAAGCAAAUGAAAAAGUGACAAGUGACGCAGACCCAAUGUGGUAUUUGAAGUAUCUUAAUAUUUACGUUGGAGUUCCAGAUGUUGAAGAGAGUUUUAAUGUCACACGUCCAGUAUCUCCUCAUGAGUGCCGUCUCAGAGAUAUGACUUACUCCGCAUCAAUCACAGUUGACAUUGAGUAUACUAGAGGAAGCCAAAGGAUUAUUCGCAAUGCUUUACCCAUUGGCAGAAUGCCAAUCAUGCUGCGGAGCUCUAAUUGUGUCCUUACUGGAAAGACCCCUGCUGAGUUUGCCAAGCUAAAUGAAUGUCCUCUCGAUCCAGGUGGGUACUUCAUUGUGAAAGGAGUAGAAAAAGUAAUUUUGAUUCAAGAACAGCUGUCCAAAAACAGAAUUAUUGUAGAAGCUGACCGGAAAGGCGCAGUUGGAGCAUCUGUGACCAGCUCCACUCAUGAAAAGAAAAGCAGAACCAAUUUAGUUAUGAAGCAGGGCAGGUUUUACUUGAAGCACAAUACGCUAUCAGAAGACAUACCAAUUGCAAUUAUUUUUAAGGCAAUGGGUGUUGAAAGUGACCAGGAAAUUGUGCAAAUGAUUGGUACGGAGGACCAUGUGAUGUCGGCUUUUGGACCUAGUUUGGAGGAGUGCCAAAAAGCUCAAAUCUUCACCCAGAUGCAGGCAUUAAAACACAUUGGUAAUAAAGUUCGUAGACAAAGGAUGUGGGGUGGUGGAGGACCAAAGAAAUCCAGGGUGGAUGAAGCACGUGAACUUUUGGCCUCAACCAUUCUUACCCAUGUGCCAGUGAAAGAAUUCAACUUUAGAGCGAAAUGCAUCUACACAGCAGUAAUGGUCCGAAGAGUGAUAUUGGCUCAAGGAGAAAAUAAAGUAGAUGACAGAGAUUAUUAUGGAAACAAGCGACUGGAAUUGGCUGGACAACAUAUUUCUGGUCCCACUGCCUGCCCCUUUGUAAUCCGCUUUUUGUUCCUUCAAGAUGUGCAGCCUGCACAUCCAAUGAGAAUGUGUGCCGUACGGCUCAUUCAAAUCAUUGCAGGUAACAUUCUUGGUGUUAUUCGAGAUCAUAAAAAGCUAGUGAACACAUUUCGUUUAAUGAGAAGAGCGGGGUAUAUCAAUGAAUUUGUGUCUAUUUCGACAAAUCUCUCGGACAGAUGUGUGUACAUAUCAUCUGAUGGAGGAAGGUUGUGCAGGCCUUAUAUCAUCGUAAAAAAUCAGCGACCUAUGGUUACAAAGAAGCACAUCGAAGAACUCUCUCAGGGAUACAGGACCUUUGAAGAUUUUCUCCAUGAAAGUUUAGUAGAAUACUUGGACGUCAAUGAAGAAAAUGACUGUACCAUUUCUCUUUAUGAGCAUUCUAUAGCCAAGCAAACCACACAUUUGGAAAUUGAGCCUUUCACAUUGCUUGGGGUUUGCGCUGGGCUUAUACCCUAUCCACAUCAUAACCAGUCCCCAAGAAACACAUACCAGUGUGCUAUGGGUAAACAAGCUAUGGGGACGAUUGGGUACAACCAAAGGAACAGAAUUGAUACCCUCAUGUAUUUGUUGGCUUACCCUCAAAAGCCGAUGGUUAAAACUAGAACCAUUGAACUCAUUGAGUUUGAGAAACUCCCAGCCGGGCAAAAUGCUACUGUUGCAGUGAUGAGCUACAGCGGGUACGACAUUGAAGAUGCUCUAGUGUUAAAUAAGGCUUCACUGGAUAGAGGAUUUGGAAGGUGUCUUGUGUACAAGAAUGCUAAAUGCACACUGAAACGUUACAGCAAUCAAACAUUUGAUAAAGUUAUGGGACCAAUGCUGGACGCAACAACACGCAAGCAGAUUUGGAGGCAUGAAAUCUUAGAUGCUGAUGGGAUUUGCUCACCGGGUGAAAAAGUGGAAAACAAGCAGGUGCUUGUUAAUAAAUCCAUGCCCACUGUCACUCAGACACCUCUAGAGGGUAGCAGUGUGCCACAGCAGCCUCAGUUUAAGGAUGUGCCAAUAUCUUACAAAGGGUCUACAGAUUCAUAUAUUGAAAAAGUAAUGAUCUCAUCAAAUGCAGAAGAGGCUUUUCUUAUUAAAAUUCUUCUGAGACAGACUAGACGGCCUGAAAUUGGUGAUAAGUUCAGCAGUCGUCACGGACAGAAAGGUGUAUGUGGUCUAAUUGUACCACAAGAAGAUAUGCCAUUUUGUGAUACCGGAAUAUGCCCUGAUAUCAUUAUGAAUCCUCAUGGUUUCCCCUCUCGUAUGACGGUUGGGAAACUAAUUGAACUGUUGGCUGGGAAGGCUGGCGUUCUUGACGGGCGGUUUCACUAUGGAACGGCCUUUGGAGGCAGCAAAGUUAAAGAUGUGUGCGAAGAUCUCAUUCGUUAUGGCUACAACUACUUAGGAAAAGAUUAUGUAACAUCUGGAAUCACUGGAGAACCUUUGGAAGCCUAUAUUUAUUUUGGGCCUGUAUACUAUCAGAAACUGAAGCACAUGGUAUUAGAUAAGAUGCAUGCUCGAGCUCGAGGUCCUAGAGCUGUGCUUACAAGACAGCCCACAGAAGGACGAUCUCGAGAUGGUGGCCUGCGUCUCGGAGAGAUGGAGCGUGACUGUUUGAUUGGUUAUGGGGCUAGCAUGUUGUUGCUAGAGAGGUUGAUGAUUUCCAGUGAUGCCUUUGAAGUUGAUGUUUGUGGUCAAUGUGGGCUACUUGGUUAUUCUGGCUGGUGCCAUUACUGUAAAUCGUCUUGUCACGUUUCAUCUUUGAGAAUUCCCUACGCCUGCAAACUAUUGUUCCAGGAACUUCAGUCUAUGAAUAUUAUACCCAGACUUAAAUUGUCCAAAUAUAAUGAAUAAUAUUUAUUCAAAAAGUGGCCAGAUUACUUUAAGGAAAGACAAAACACCUCAUUUUAAUGUUAUAUAUUUUUGUGUUAUACAUCCAACUGUUAUGGGCUCCUAUUGGCUGUUUAAAUAAAGUUGAUUAAUUGAGCCCUAUUUCUCCAACAUAGGUGUGUCCGGUCCACGGCG